UGACCACACACUGCCCAGAUUGAACCUCGGGGGCUCUGGACUGCCUCCAGACCACUUUGCGGGAUGACGGAGGGUCACGUUACAGUCCUCGGACCGUCUCCAUCGCCGUUUGAUUCCGAUCAGCCGAGUUACGACGCUCUGAAGAGACUGUACUGUAAGAACGGGGGGCACUAUUUACGCAUGCUGCCCGGAGGAACGGUGGACGGCAGCCGCCAAGAGAACGACGCUUACACUGUGCUAAAAGUAAAAGCAGUCAGCGCCGGUGUGGUGGUCAUUAAAGGUCAAGAGACUGGGCGUUACCUGGCCAUGGACAAAAGUGGAAAACUUCACGGCACAUGCACACUGAACGAUGAGUGCUAUUUCAAAGAGAAACUGGAGGAGAACCACUACAACACAUACAGUUCACAGAAGUAUCAGGACUGUGGAGACUGGUACGUGGGAAUCAAGAAGAGUGGGAAGAUGAAACAAGGCCCCAAAACACACAGAAGCCAGAAUGCUGUCUACUUCCUCCCAAUUCCACUACACUAAACUUUUUUAACUGUUUUAACUGAAAUUGUGAUACAUACCUAAUUAAUAAUCUAGGGAAGAUUGAACGAUUUUAUUUGUCAUAUAUAUGUACAUGUACAGUACAAUUAAAUGUUUCUUUUGCAUAUCACAGCUUGAUUUUGGAAGCUGGGAUCAGAGCGCAGGGUCAGGUCAGCAGUUGUACAGCGCUCCUGGGGCUGAGAGGGUUAAGGGUCUUGCUCAAGGACCCAACAGUGGCUGCAUGGCAGAAUCCACAAUCUCUUGUUCGAUAGCCCAAAGCUCUACCCACUAGGCUACCACUGUCCCAGAAGAAGCAUAUAGACACUGUAUAUUCUAUAGGGUGUGUGAAGCGUACUUUAAAAAAGCUAUUUUAAUAAUUUAUUUUUGUUGUAUAUAGUAAUGUAAAAAAGUGGAAACGUUUUGUUUAUGUGAUCACUGUCUGUAAACAAUUGUACAUAUAUUCUACACCGAUUAUACAUUUGUGUUGUACUUUCAUAUCUUUAAUAAAAUAUCUAUUAAUGUGAAAGGUUUUGUAC